CAAAGAGUAGCUAUGUGUGUCUGAAAUUCAAAAUCUUCAUCAUGCCAUUUAAAAAAAAAAAAACCCUGUGUUUCUACCACCGUCUUUGAAUAUUAAGUUCUGUAAAUUUAUUAUGUGCUGUACAAAGUACUACCAUGCUGAAAUUUUUAAAGAGUGCUUCCUAGGUCUAGGUUUUCUUUAGCCAUGGCUUUCAUAAUUUUGUAAUUCUGCUAUGUUCCUUGACCUUGUCUCUUUUAGAUAAAAGAGUCCCAAUAAAUAUGAUACGACAGUCCCCUAAAAAACUCCCAACACUUUGGAUAAUGUUGCUGUUAACUUUUUUAUUUCAUCCUAGGUCUUUUACAUAUUGUUAGUUUAAUUGAAUAUUGUUAGCUUGUUAAUUAGACAGUGGUUUAAUGGAAAAAGUAUUACCACUGGAAUCCAAGACCAACAUUUCAAUCAGUCACCUCUUUGUGUCCCUUUCAUCUAUAAAAAUGGAAGUAAUUUUACCUCUUGCCUUUUUAAGGAAAAAAAAAAGACAAAAGAUAUAUAAUUGCUUUAAAAGAUUCUUUUGAAUAGUGAUGUAUAAAUAUAAAAAUCAGUAAAUCUGAGCUUAAAGUUGACAUAUAACUUGUUGCCUACUUAAACUGCUUACCAAUGACUAUGGAUAUGUAUGUUCAUGAAAAAUGCAUGGAAACAGGUUCAAAUCCAGCCUUGCUACUCAGUGACUGGCCAGUUCAUUUAACUUCAGCUUCAUUGUCAAAAUGAAGGAAUUUAUGAUGGUCAGUACAGUGCUUUGAGAUUCUGAAGUUACCUUCAGAGAUUGAAGUUAUGAAAAAUUUAAAAAUAGUAGAUGAAAUCAGAAAUGGCCACUCUUAAUAAAAUACAUAAGGUAUGAAAGUGUAAACUGAGAAGAUGUAAAAAUGAGUUGCCUCUUCACAUAUACAAAUCCAUGGACACUUCCACCCCUCCUAGAACAAUUCUGUGUAGAAAAUUGGUCAAGGGGGACUGGCUCUUUGAGCAGAGGGCUGGAGGAUGAGAAGGAACCUGACAUAGCAAGACAAGAGGAAGGAGUAUCCCUGAAAUUGAGGAAAUAGCCAGUAUAAUGGCUCAGGGGUUGAAAGUAAGCUUGCCUUGUUCACACUUCAGAAUGAAGCCCUUGUGAUACACACUUUGAGGUAGGCAGGGAGGCCUGCUCACUUACAGUCUCGUGAUGGGAGUAAGCAGGAGAGUGAUAACGGAUUAAGACUUACUUGAGCUGUUCUGUAAGAAUGGACAAUGUAGGAAUGGGUGAUGGAUGGGUAAGCUAGUUAAGGGCCACAUGUAAAUAGUUAAGGAUAAUAAUGAUGGCUGAGCCAGGGUGGUAGCUGUGGAGGGAAGUAAGAAGUACUUGGUUGUAACAUAACAUUUUGAAGUUGAGGUUAAUGAGACUUACUGGUUAGUACUUAAGAGCUUAGUAAACAGUAUGGACUUGGUAAAAGGCUUUGGGUUCAGAUAUCCACUGUGUCCUUUAUUGACUGGCCGUGUGACUUCACCAGGAUUCGCUUUCCUCAUUUGUAGUAUAGGCAUGAAAUAAUAGCACCUACCUCAGAGGUUAGUUGCAAAAGAAAAUCCAUAAAAGCUUUUACCCUAACAAAUGUUAACUAUUACCACCAUUACUGUCUAAGUAUUACUGUUUUCCACAAAGACGAUUUUGUUAGUUUUAGGAUUAGUCUUCCAGCUAUGGGCCUUGCUGUCUCCAUACUCUUGAGAUUGCUCUUUCUGAAAUACAGAUUUCAUGGCGCUGUCCUGCUGAAAAUCCUCAGUAGCUCUCCAUUUUGAUAAAGUAAAAACUAUUGGGAAUGGUAUAUUUGGUUCUUGAUAAUAUGACUCCUUUUCUAUCUCUGUCACAAGUUCAGCCCACUUAAACCACUUAAUCUUUUGGUUCUAAGGAGAUCUCUGCAGUUCCUUAAGCAGGUAACAGGACUUAUUUCUUUCUUAUCUGUCCUUUCCCAUGCUUUUCCCCCUGCGUUGAAAUGAUCUUUUCUGGUGUUCUUCACCAGCAUCAGAAUUUUGAAGGAUUGUUUUAUAGUCCACUAGUUUCCAAUAUCGUUGAGAAAUCCAAAACCAUUCUUCUAUCUAAUUCUUUGUGUGUGAUGACUUUUCUUUCUGGAAAAUUAGAGUUUUCCUUGCCAGUGUAUCGAAAUUUUAUAAUAUGUGCCUUGGUAUGGGGCUCUUUUCCACUGUUCUGGUCACUUGGGUGUGUACUUUCAACCUGGAAAGUAAAGCUCUUCAAUUCUGGGAAAUUUUCUUGAAUUGUUUAGUAACUUCCUGCCCUCGAUAUUUUCUUCUCUCUAGGUCUUUUUUUAAAAAUCUAAUAUUAGACUUCAUUGACCUGACUUCCUCAUCUUUCCUUUUCCUUUGUUUCUUUGCUCUUUAAAAGAUGCCUUCAAUUUUUCUUUCUUUUUUUUUUUUUUAAAGUAAGCUCUACACACAACAUGGGGCCUCAAUUCAUGACCCCAAAAUCAAGAGUCACAUGCUCCACUAACAGCCAGCCAGGCACUCCUCAAUUUUAGUUUCUAAUCCAUUUAUUGGGAUUUUCAUUUCUGGUAUAAUUUUAAUUUCUACAAGGUUAUUAGUUUUUCUUCAAAAAUAUAUUUGAAUAUAUAUACAUUCAAAGAAAAAUUAAAGUAUAUAUCCAUCCUUGUUUCUUGGAUGCAAGUCUUAACUCUAUGAAGAUGAUAGUGAUAAUUUUCUUUUGCCUACAUAGUCUAUUCCAGUCAUUUUACUUUUUAUCCUACUUGUUUAUUCAGCAUAAAUGUAUAUACAUAAUUAUAACCAGAAGAAAACAGUGAAAAGAAAAUUACAGGGCAUGUGGAAUUACAACCAUUUCACCGAAUAUUUAAAGGAUUUCUCCCAUGCUGGAAGUUAGAAUAGCCAGUGUUUUAAACCUAGGACAUAGUUUUGAGUGAAGUUUGUUGGCUGGAAUGAGGUGUGAAAUGAUUAUGCAUGGAUUGGGGCAUGUGAUGACGUUCCCCAUGACAAUUUAAUAAAGCUUACUAAGGAUUAUGCUAAAGUUUGAAUGUCUAUAAAUAUCAAAUUUAACAUUCUGUAGCACUGGCAAUGGAAAUAAUAAUAAAUGUAUUGUUAAUCAUGUUUUUAGCAGAGUUUUUACCACUAUUGGUGCUGCUAAAGGACUGUAGAUUGAAUUUAAGUGCAGAGAGGAGGGCGAAUUGCAUUAAUGAAUUCCUGUUAUGUGCCAGGCACUAAUCUGAAAUUAUAAAGUGAAAUAUAUUUCCCCACAAAUGAUAUCUAUUGUUUUAUUCAUUUGGAUUGUAUUGUGCCUUAUUUGCUUUUGUAUCCCGGUGCCCAGUACAGUGUCUGACUCAACCAGCGCUCAGAAAAUGUUGAACACCUGCAAAGGAAGGCAGAAUCUUUCAUUUACUCUUUUGUCUAAAGGGGAAGGGCUAAAUCUGGAUUGCCUUGUAGAUAUCCUGAACAUUUAAUUAUAUUUCUAAAAUUGAAAUGGAAUGGUUAUCAAUUUACAGAACUGUAACGGCGUUUUAACGCCAUCAAAAACGAAUGCAAAACAGAAAGGGAACCCUCUAACUUGGACUCUUAACUUCUCCCUAAUGAUCUGUGCCGGCAAAGCUGGGCGCGGAGGCCAAUCAGUGCGGCAGAUCGAGGGCCAGCCAAUCAUUCGCAGAGGCUCUAGUCCCGCCCCCGGCGCUCAGCCUCUGGCCUUUGGGUACCCAGGCGGGGCGACACUCCCCCAAUAUCGGCACCUGCGGUGAAUUGUGUAGCGGUCUCGUCCUUCCACAACGCUGGGUCUGAGAGCCAGCCAUGACUACCAAAGAUUAUCCAUCAUUGUGGGGUUUUGGAACAACAAAAACAUUUAAAAUUCCCGUUGAACAUUUGGAUUUCAAGUAUAUUGAAAAAUGUUCAGAUGUUAAACACUUGGAAAAAAUUCUUUGUGUGCUCAGGUCUGGUGAGGAAGGAUAUUAUCCUGAACUUACGGAAUUUUGUGAAAAGCGCCUUAAAGGCUUGGCUCCUGAAAGUAGAGCUUUGAGGAAAGAUAAGCCUGCAGCAACAGCAUCCAGCUUUACAGCAGAAGAAUGGGAAAAAAUUGACGGUGAUAUAAAGAGUUGGGUAUCAGAAAUUAAAAAUGAAGAAAAUCAAAUAUACUUUCAUGAAACUGAAACAUUUCCAGUGGUGGAAGAUAAUUUGCCUCCAGUUCGUGGUUCAAACAGCCGUCUUCAUGUUAGUAAGGAAAAAUAUUCUAAUAGUAGACCAACUAAAAGGAAAAUCCCAAGGGAUUAUGCAGAAUGGGAUAAAUUUGACGUGGAAAAAGAAUGUUCAAAAAUUGACGAAGAUUACAAAGAAAAAGCCGUAGUAAACAACAAGUCACAUUUGUCUAAAAUUGAGACAAGAAUAGACACAGCAGGUCUAACUGAGAAAGAAAAGACUUCCCUUGCUACUCGUGAAAAGGAAAAAGGAAAUGAAGCUUUCAACUCAGGAGAUUAUGAGGAGGCUGUGAUGUAUUAUACUAGGAGUAUAUCAGUGCUUCCCAAUGUAGUGGCCUAUAACAAUCGCGCUCAAGCAGAACUCAAGCUACAGAACUGGAACAGUGCUUUUCAGGAUUGUGAAAAGGUGUUGGAGUUAGAACCUGGAAACUUAAAGGCUCUUCUGCGCCGUGCCACUACAUAUAAACAUCAAAACAAGCUCCAGGAAGCUAUAGAAGAUUUGAAUAAAGUACUGAAUGUUGAACCUGAUAAUGAGUUGGCCAAAAAGACCUUGUUGGAGGUUGAAAGAGAUCUGAAAAAUUCUAAACCUGCACCUAAGACUGAAACCAAAGGGAAGAGAAUGGUAAUCCAGGAAGUAGAAAACUCAGAGGAUGAAGGUGGAAAGGACAGCAGAAGAAAACAUGAAGACAACAGCGGAGAUAAGAAGGGCGCGGAGCCGGCGGGAGCCAGGAGCGCCGCGGAGCCGUGCGCCAUGGGCAACAUCCAGAAGAAGCUGACCGGCAAGAGCGAGGGUGGCAAGCGGUCGGAGAGGGGCGCGCCGCGGCGGGGUCGGUCGCCAGGGGCCGGCGCGGACAAGCGGGGCCGACCGCGUGCUUCGGCGGCGGCGGCGGAGGGCGGCGCCAGCCGGCACCCUGGUGGCGGGCGGGGCGCGGGAGACCCCACCGCCGCGCCCCCUUCCCCCCCCGCCCCUCUCGGCCCCGCCGGCCUGAAGAGCCAGGGCAACGAGCUGUUCAGAAGCGGGCAGUUCCCCGAGGCGACCCUCAAGUACUCGGCGGCGAUCGCGCAGCUGGAGCCUGCAGGAAGUGGAAGCGCAGAUGAUCUAAGUAUCUUAUAUUCAAAUAGAGCAGCGUGUUACCUAAAAGAAGGAAACUGCAGCGGCUGCAUUCAAGAUUGUACCAGGGCUCUGGAACUUCAUCCAUUCUCCAUCAAACCUCUUCUUCGACGAGCAAUGGCCUAUGAAACUUUAGAGCAGUAUCAGAAAGCUUAUGUGGAUUAUAAAACGGUGUUGCAAAUGGACUGCACAAUCCAGCUAGCGAAUGACAGUAUUAACAGGAUAACAAGAAUUUUAAUGAAUCUGGAUGGACCAAGCUGGCGGGAGAAGCUGUCACCCAUUCCUGCUGUGCCCACUUCCACGCAUUUACGAGCUUGGCAGCCUGCCACAGAGACACCCCCAGACCAAGUGGGAGACUCCUGUAGCCAUUCCCAGCCUGGCAUCACAGAUGAAAAAAUGUUUAAAACCCUUAAAGAAGAAGGAAAUCAAUGUGUAAAGGACAAAAACUAUAAAGAUGCCCUUAGUAAAUACAUUGAAUGCUUAAAGAUUAACAACAAGGAAUGUGCCAUUUAUACAAACAGAGCUCUGUGUUACUUGAAGCUGUGCCAAUUUGAAGAGGCAAAGCAGGAUUGUGAUCGGGCACUUGAGAUAGAUAACAGGAAUGUAAAAGCGUGCUACAGACGAGCUCUGGCUCAUAAAGGACUCAAGGAGUAUCAGAAAAGUUUAAACGAUCUCAAUAAAGUUCUUCUGCUGGAUUCAAGUAUUAUUGAGGCAAAGAUGGAACUGGAAGAGGUAACCAGACUCCUUAAGGAUAAUGCAUCAUUCAACAAAGAAAAAGAGAGAAGGAAAAUUGAAAUUCAAGAGGUGAACGAAGGCCAUGAAGAAGAGCCUGAAAGGACCUCUGAGGAGGUGUCCAAUGACUGCUUUGCCACCAGGAAGGAGGACACAACCAAUGGGCCACCAGCAUACUGUGAAACACUCCCAAUCGCCAGGCCUACCAAUGCCUAUGAAUUUGGUCAGGUUAUAAAUGCCAUCAGCACGAGGAACGAUAAAGAGGCCUGUGCACACAUUUUAGCCGUCACUGAACCGAAAGAUUUGCCAGUGUUGUUGAGUAACAAACUUGAAGGGGAUACAUUCCUCCUCCUCAUUCAGUCUCUGAAAAAUAAUCUUAUUGGGAAAGAUCCUUCUUUGGUGUAUCAGCAUCUUUUCUAUCUAAGUAAAGCAGAAAGGUUCAAGAUGAUGUUGACACUAAUUAGCAAGGGCCAAAAGGAGCAAAUUGAACAGCUCUUUGAUGACCUCUCAGACACACCAAACAAACAUUAUACUUUAGAAGAUGUACAGGCCCUGAGAAGGAAGUAUGAGCUUUAAAUCAAGGCUAUUGUUAGAUUUCUUCCAUGCAUGUAUGAGUUCCAGUAGUGCUAAUGGGAUGGUAUUGUAAUAGCGUUGCAUGGAUAAAACCUGGUUUCGAAAAGAUCCUUUGGUUUGGACUGUAAAAUAUUUUAUGUAUUUUUAUAUAGAGAACAUGUAUAUUCUACGAUAUGCUUUUAUUAGUUGUAAAUAUUUUCCUACGUACCAGAGCUAACAUCUUUAUAUUUAAUAAUAAGUAUAUUUGGAACUUGUUCAAGUACGUUUUAAUUUAUAUUCUAAAUUUUCUUUUAAUAACUCGUUAAAAAUUUGAGUUCCAUUCCUUUGGGCCAUAAAGGAUUCCUCUUAAGUUUGAUAGAAGUGUAUUUCUUUAAAAGUGAAAAUCAUUAACAGUGAUUAUUAUAUCACCUUUAUUUCCUGCUAUGAUAUAUAUAUAAAUACUAUUUUAUACUACUUCUGGAUUACAAUCCACUAAGGUGAAAUGUAACACUUAAAUCUUACAAUAUGAAAUGAUUAUUAAAUAAAUUAUUAACUUAGAGCUAUAAGAGAACUUCUUUUCUUACGUGGAAACAUUGCCUAAUAAUUAAAGAACAAAAUUGGCAAAAAUUUCUACUACUUACUACUUUUUACUAGAUUUUAAAGUGCGGUUUCCCAAACAACUGUAUAAAAGCAGACUAAGCCUGCAUUGUCCCCUCCACAUUUUCCCCAACGUUUAGAUGUUGUCUUCACCCUUUUUUCCCGCCCCCUCCCCCCAAUUUAUUCCCUCAAUGGAAAAGUGAAGUCUUAUUAAAAUCUCCUUUGUUAACUGGGUCAAAGUAAAGGUAUUUCUUACAAUAAAACAUUCAGGUCUCUA